AUGAGUAGUAAUGAAAACGCACUAAAAUUGGAUUCGUUCGUUUCCUUGAGCUAUCGCCGAUCUGUUCCUGAAAGUUCAUUCUUUACAAAUACUUAUUCCAACACUCUUACUCAAUAUCAUAGUGCUCCGUAUGUAGGCAAAAGUAAUUGGGAUGUCUCACAACUUCAAUCGGUAGGCUUGAUUUCAACGACUAGAAACAGUGUAUGCAAUCAACCAGAAAUACAUUCACUCAAUGAUUCAUCUCUUGAACAAAACUCAUGGAAUGAACAACAGUAUCAAUCGUCCAAUAAUCUAAUUAGAAGAACUAGUAACUGGGAUCCAAUAGAAUUUUCAUCGUCUACUAAUGAUUUCCACCGGAAAAGUGUAUGGGAUGAAGCAUGGAUCCAUUCUGACAAUAUCUCAUCUACUAGACAAAGCUUCGAGCAUAAUGACUUAAACAGAAAUCGAACUGACUCGAAUAACGCAACGCUGAAAUUAGAUAAAACAAAAGAAAUAGAAGUGUCAAACCCUGGAAUUAAUAGCGUGGAAUUAGAUCAAAAGUUGGCAACUAUAGGUAAAGGCUCUGGUAAAAAAAUAAUUGGCUUCUACAUUAUUGUUACAUGGUUAUUCAUGAGUAUAGUACUGGGUACCAUUCUCGGAAUCUUUAUUCACGCAACAACCGAGGCUCCAACAAGCACACAAACAACUACAACAAUGACUUCAGCAACCACAAGCACUACAACAACAACCAGCACUACAAGUACGAGCACUAGUACAAGUACAACAAGCACUAUUAGUACUACCACCGUAACCACAACAACAAGUACGUAAAAAUUGCUUUAGUAAUAAAAGGAUACUCAUACUCUACAGACUUGUCGGGUUCGCAUAAAAUCACUUGUUGAGUUUAGUAUACUUAGUCGAUGUGACUUCCAAUAGCUACGCAGUCAAUUAAUUUCUAAUAAGAAUUUUCUAAUUUUGAUUACAAACGGAA